AUGGCGGGGAAGCUAGCACAAAAGAGUGCAAUCACGUUACGAGGAUCAACCGAUAUUGUUGCCGAGUUUUUCAGUUAUGGCAUCAACAGUAUAUUGUACCAGAGAGGCAUUUAUCCACCAGAGACUUUCAGCAGAUGUCAAAAGUAUGGGCUCACUCUACUUGUCACAACAGAUGACACACUCAAAAAAUAUUUAGCAGAGGUGCUAGCACAGAUAAAAGAAUGGCUUUACAGUAUGACAGUCCAAAAGUUAGUGGUGGUCAUCAAGAGUGUGGACACAGCUGAGGUGCUGGAGAGAUGGCAGUUUGAUAUCGAAUGUGACAAAUCUGCCAAGGACCCUGGUGCAAAACCAAGAGAGAAAUCUGAAGCUGAUAUCAACAAAGAAAUAAGUGCAGUAAUCCGUCAAAUCACAGCCACAGUCACUUUCCUGCCACUGUUAGAGACUGCAUGUGUCUUUGACCUGUUAGUUUACACAGAUAAAGACUUAGAUGUACCUGACAGUUGGGGAGAGUCAGGUCCACAGUUUAUUUCAAACUCAGAGGAAGUGAGACUGAGAUCUUUUACAACCACAAUACACAAAGUGGAUGCAAUGGUAUGCUACAAGAAAGAUGACUGACGUUUGCAUGGGUUCUUUUUUAUUGCUUGAAAAUUGCUGCAGCAAGCAAAUUUAUGGUUGGAUGCAGAGAAGAUCUCGCCAUGUGGAAGGGCAGACCUUAGAUCUUGUUGCCUUACACUCUUUAAGACACUCAUAAUACUCAGAACAACAGCAUAUUAUUGAAAAUGGAUUAACAAAGGACUGCCACAAACUGAUCAAACUACAUUCCAGUGACUAAAGGUCCCCCAGCUUAUUUGAUGCAGUGUAGGAGGAGGGGUGACGUUUUUGUUACCUUUUCAUCUUCAUCUUCCACAGUUAUUUAUGCAAAGAAGGUUAUCGUUAUUUAGGUGAUAACAAUUUGUAUUCUGAAAAAUAUUGGGAUAACGUCAUAUAA